CUUUUGGACUUCCUGGAUCAGCAUCCUUUUUCAUUCACCACUUUGAUUCAGAGGUCAUUGGAAUUUGCUGUAAGCUAUGUUUUCACAGAGGCUGGUGAAGGAAUUGUAUUUGAGCGGUUUAUUGUACAGUGCAUGAAUCUCAUUAAGAUGAUUGUGAAAAAUUAUGCGUACAAGCCAUCCAAAAAUAUUGAAGAUAGCAGUCCUGAAACUCUAGAAGCACAUAAGAUAAAGACAGCGUUUUUCACCUAUCCAACACUAAUGGAAAUGUGUAGGAGAUUAGUCACUCACUAUUUUCUGCUGACAAAGGAGGAAUUAACCAUGUGGGAAGAAGACCCAGAAGGCUUCACUGUAGAAGAGACAGGAGGAGAUUCUUGGAAGUACAGUCUCAGACCAUGCACAGAAGUUCUUUUUAUUGAUAUUUUCCAUGAAUAUAAUCAGACUCUUACUCCUGUGCUUUUAGAAAUGGUUCACAGUCUACAAGGAUCUACCAACAUAGAAGAUACCAGUGCUAUAUUGAUUAAAGAUGCUGUGUAUAAUGCGGUUGGACUGGCUGCUUACGAACUAUUUGAUAGUGUGGAUUUUGAUCAGUGGUUUAAAAAUCAACUGUUAGCAGAACUACAGGUUUCUCAUAACAGAUACAAACCAAUACGCCGGCGAGUAAUUUGGCUGAUUGGACAGUGGAUUUCGGUAAAAUUCAAAUCAGACUUGAGACCUGUCUUAUAUGAGGCAAUUUGUAACUUGCUUCAAGAUCAGGACUUAGUGGUCCGUAUCGAGACAGCCACAACACUGAAGUUAACUGUAGAUGACUUCGAGUUCAGAACUGACCAGUUCUUACCGUAUCUGGAAUCCAUGUUUACACUGCUCUUCCAGCUACUUCAAGAAGUAACACAAUGUGACACCAAAAUGCAUGUUCUUCACGUUCUGUCUUGUGUGAUUGAAAGAGUCAAUAUGCAGAUACGACCAUACGUAGGAUGCUUGGUUCAGUAUUUACCACUCCUUUGGAAACAGAGUGAGGAGCACAAUAUGCUACGAUGUGCCAUUCUAACCACCCUAAUCCACCUUGUCCAGGGGCUGGGAGCAGACAGCAAAAAUCUCUAUCCAUUUCUACUUCCAGUUAUUCAGCUAAGUACAGAUGUUUCUCAGCCUCCACAUGUCUAUCUUCUGGAAGAUGGUUUAGAGUUAUGGUUAGUGACAUUGGAGAACAGUCCAUGUCUUACACCUGAGCUCCUGAGAAUUUUUCAGAACAUGUCUGCCCUUCUUGAGCUGAGUUCAGAAAACCUCAAAAAUUGCUUUAAGAUCAUCAAUGCUUAUAUUUUCUUAUCGUCAUCUGAAUUUUUACAGAUGUAUGCUGCUGACUUAUGCCGGUCAUUUUGUGAACUUUUGAAGGACAUAACUACUGAAGGUCAAGUUCAAGUUUUAAAGGUUGUGGAAAAUGUCUUAAAAGUAAACCCUGUUUUGGGUCCUCAGAUGUUUCAACCCCUUCUGCCAUCAAUAUUCAGGGGGAUUAUAGAUGGGGAGAGAUACCCAGUGGUGAUGUCUACUUAUCUGGGGAUCAUGGGUAGAGUUCUGCUACAAAAUGCAAGGUUUUUUUCAUUAUUUUUGAGCCAGAUGGCGAGUGAAUUGGGUCAGGAGUUGGACCAAAUUCUUGGUAACAUGAUUGAAAUGUGGGUUGAUCGGAUGGAUAACAUCACUCAGCCAGAAAGAAGGAAACUUUCUGCUUUGGCAUUGCUUUCACUUCUGCCAUCAUUGAAUGGGUAA